GGCUCUCACUUGUCACCCACAUCAUCCAUUGAAUGUCUGGAAGUCCCCAACUCAUAACGUGUAAUCAUCCAUCUUCAUGUCGUCGCACCGUAAUGGAAUAGUCUCAUCGUUUCACCGUUUCACCCCUUCAUCCUCUCGUCAUAUUAAAUCCACGCACCGGUAGCCGUCUUUGUACUAGGUGCCUCUGACUUCAUCCAGAACCCCUUACCCCAUCCUCAUUCCAAGAAACCGGGGGGGGAAGCAAUCAAUCACGCAGCAGCCACAGCAUUCAUCUGAACUUCUGAAGAUUUCCGAUAAUCAAAAAGUCGUAUCUGAUCCACUCCCUCACCACUCACCACUCACCACUCACUCACUAAUACCUCCUCUCCUCAAAUUCCCUCAUCCUCCUACUGAUAAUAAAAUCCUCCGUCAACAAACAAUAAAUCGACAUCUUGUCUUGCCACCCUCGAUCUCCUCUCAAUCACUCAAAACAUCCACCUUCCAUCAUCCAUCAUAUUUCAUGGUCAAAAAUAUGAUUCUCCCGUGGAUCGCGAAGAAUUAAUGUUUGUUGUCGCAUCAUGGCAAGGCCAUACAUCAAUACCUCGGACAAGAAUGGGUCAUUAUUGAAUCCUAUGUCUGGAGGUGCAAAUACUCCCAUCUCCUACAGAGCGAACGUGAACCGACAAAAGACAAAGAAAUGGGCCGAGGCAAAGAAGAUAGAUUAUGGAGGGGACGACUGGGGAGACGACGAUGAAUAUGACCCUUACGAUGCAUAUGGGAAUGAGCCCGAACCAGCACCCGCACCAAUAUCUAAACCUACAGGUCUACGUCAACCAGGGCAAAACCUUGCUGGUGCGAGGGGAAUGUCCCAGGAUCGAAGCCAGAAGAGUUAUGGCAAUCUCCCAUCAGCUUCUGCUGGCAGCGCAUUGAACAGAAGAAAUUCCUUCGAAGCCGACGAUGAGACGAGGCACUUUUCGAAUGCAACCGUUCGGCAAGAAUCGCCACUACCUACCUCCCCACCUCACUCUGCCGAUUCCUCAACAGUUGCCGCAACUCGGUUUUCUCAAAUGGGCGUGGGAGGUAUAAAGCAUACACGCGACCCGAGUGGCCCCCCAACUUUACAUAUAUCUACGCAGCAGUCAUCUCCUACAGGGUUACGAAAACCUUCCUUGUCUGCUAAUCCCGUGCCACCCGAAUCUUCCUUUAACAACGAAGACAUUUCUCUGCCCCCUCGCACUAACACUAAUGAUUCGUCGGUCUUGUCGGUUGGUUCAGUCAAUACACCAAGCGAUUAUGGAACUUCGAAGGAUUUUUCCCCGUCUGCAGUACCGGCCCCAUUAUCUAUGCGGCCUGCACCCGCCCCUCAAAGCGCAACCAGUGCAGCUCCAACUACCAAGUUUCCUGCACGAAAGAGCAGUCUGAGUACCGCGGGAACAGAAGCUCAACGAAUUUACCAAAAAUCCCAAGAAACUGUAGCUCAAUCAUUCCCAACGACUUCCAGACCUUCACCUUCCCCUGGCUCUGCAGAUCGGUCUGCAACCACCCCAGGUGCGUCAAAUAUUAAACCUUUACCAUUUAUCAGGCCUGCGGAUAUUUAUCGUCGAAUUGAAGAGGAAAAACAAGAAAGGGAGCGGGCAUCGUUAGAUUCAGUCAGACCUAGCAUGGACUCACUUGGAAUGGAAAGGUCGAGUGACAUGUCACAUUCACUAGGCAAAGGGUCUGUCCGUGAAAGGUCGAGUUCUGAUAGUUUAGGACCUGGAAAUCGUGGAAAAUAUAGUAUGGGUGAUGAAGGCUUGGAAUCUGGAAGACGUUUGAUGCCAAUUUUAGAACCUGUUAAAGAACGAAAGAGUGAAUACGGCUUCGAUGGGUUUAAUGCUAAUGAAAUUCCAUCACCAGCCCAAGAGAUUAUAAAUUCUCCAACCGAGCCUAACACUACAAGUCCCACGCUCCCGGACUUGCAUCGAAUUUCCGGAUUUGGUUCUGACUUCUUUUCUCGAUCAACGAAUGACAGUGCCCCCGUUCCUCCAACCGAAACCAUAUCAGAAUUACCAGAGCAAACGUCCCCGGGAAAUUCUAACCAGCCAGGAGAUACCUCUCUUCGGAGUCAACCCUCCUUCGGAUUCAAGUCUGUUGUCAACCAAGCCUUUGAUAGCAAGGACGAUAACUCGGUUCCUCCAACACCAGUUUCUAAGACUGAAGGUAAUGUAAAGAGAUCUGAUAGUGAAAGCACCGGGACAGCCGGAAUUAGCCCCAUCAUGAGUCGUGGUCCAAGCACUAUGGACAACCGCGAUCGUGACAUGUCAACACCUGCUAUCAUGGAGCAAAUUGAACCUGUCUCUCCACGUCUUCAAGCGAUGUCACAUGAAAGCGAUCAGCAGAUAAUUCCUCCAACUUUUAUUCCAGGCCAUCGACGCGAUAUUAGUACUCCAAGUCCGGGUAAUAGCCCCGCCCGAACACCAGAUCUCGGUAACGCUUCCAAAAGAAUAUCAAUGGGAGAACAAGCCUGGAUAUCAUCCGUAACUCCUACCUCUCCCACCGAAGGGAACGAUCAGGAUGCUGAUCCAGAACCCGCACGUCCGAGCCUCGAUCGCGAUGUGAGUUUUCGCCCUCAAAUUCCAGGUGGAUGGCAGUCAUAUACGACCACUGCAACUACUAGCACUGUUCAACCAGAGACACCUCGGUCACCGUCUCCUCAGGUGCCAAGUGAUCCAGUUCAAGCUUUAGCAACGGAAGAUUUAACACCUACUACGACUAAACAUUCUCUUCCGGAGUCAUCUCUGGAAGCAGCACGUGUUACGCUCGGUGUCAAAUCUGACUCUAUGCCAACACCUGAUCCAAAUGGAAAUGUACAUUCUGCUAUGACGCCGCAUCCUGAAUUAAUACCUAGUCUAGAAAAGGCUUCUCCUGAAGCUCAACUGCGUCCUGACUAUGUCGAUCAACCCAGCCCCCCAGAUUCUUCAUCUAUACCACCAAUCAAAGACAACUUAGUCUCUAGUGAAGAACCCGCGUCGGAAACUCUCUUGGAGCCAACUAUGGACUUCCACUCGAAUACAGCAAAUGAUUUUAGUGCUAAUGAACUCUUUCUUCCACCUUUGCGACCGCAGGUUUUGCCAACCCUGAGCACUGACACUGGACCUUUGGACGAAGAAAAUGAUAGACUCCGGAAAGACAUAGUCAAAAGUCUAUCCCCGCGCCCAUCACAAUCAGAAAAAGUUCACGAAAACUUGCGUGAAAGACCAGUCUCCGAUAAUAUGGAUGAAUCGCGCGAGAGCACAUACUUAACGGAUGUGUAUGAUGACUACUGGAAUGAUAUAGGCGACGAAGAUAACUCGUCCCCAAUAGCAACAUCAUCUCCCGGCAAGCUACAAGCGGAGCAAGCCAUCCCAGCAGAUAUGCCUGAAAUUCGACCCCUCAGCUCUCAUCGAAUGUCAAAGCAUCAAGCUCGUCCACCUUUACCGACUCGUUUCUCUUGGGAAAAAGGUAUGGAGAGCGUACCUCCAACUGAUACUAGUAUGCCUGAAUCACCAGCAAAUCAAGUUGAGCUUCCCGUGGAGGAAGUCGAUGCACCAAUUGAAGGCCUACAACAGAUUGACCCGGAGCCAUACAUGGAGAAGGAAGUCUUAGAAGAGGUUCCACGUAAUGAUGAUCACAUGGGAAGAGAUAUCGCCUUAGGUACUGGUGCUGUGCUUCUUGGAGGUGGUGCUGCUGCUGCUGUUACUCAACACACGAUUAGCCCUGAAUCCCCGCCCGCCGCUGACGUUUCUUUGGCUCAAGAAAAGGAGCAACCGCAAUUUGCUUCAUAUCCAAUCGUCCUCACUCCUGAGGAUGAGCACCCGGCUUAUGGGUCAACAUUGGAUCUAUCCACUGACCCAUUAGGGUCUAAUCCCCACUCUGCAUCGAGUAGUCCAAGUCCCUUCAUCCCACGUGAACCCUCACCUGCACGACGUGAAUCCGCCACUUCUCCACGGUCAUCUAGCAUGGGAAAGAUUUUAACGUUUAAAGAAAUUGUAGGGAUGAAAGAUGUCCAUGAAAGGGUACAUGCUUUCGAUGAAACAAGGGAGCGCUUUGCGGCUAUGGACUCGGGUAUCCAUGAAUGGAUAUUUGCCUUGAAGGCUGAACAACCAGAGCAUGCUGAUGUGAAUGAAUGUUACGGAGGUUUUAGAACAAGUGUACCGACUGGCUCAACCAGAAGAAAUACAAGAAGCGGAUCCGCGGCACUGCAAUCGCCUUACUAUCAACAAUAUUUAAAUGCUAGUGCACCAUCGCAAACAUCAGUACUUCCAUCACGACCAGGACAAACUGGACCUUCUGGUAUUCAGCAGGGCUUCUCACCAGCUCAUGCUAAAAUUACAACUCAACAAGUUCAAGCUAAGGGGAAAGAGUUUCUUCACACCGCUGGAAUAUUUGGUGGUAAGGCUGGAAAGGCUGGUUUCCAGGCAGGUAAAGGAUUGCUGGCAAAAGGCAAGAACAGGCUUCGUGCGGCCGGUAGUAGCGAUAAGACAAGUCCCCUUCCCAAGUCGAGAAACCCUGAUCGUUCAUCAUGGGGCUUAGCGCUUAAUUUAUCGAAAGCUACAGGCCGGGCCGAUCCCGGUCAGAGUGUAGAGCAGAACAUACCAUCCGAACCAACUAGACACUCACAAAUUUCAACUUCAUCGGAUGUGCUUACUCCGAUUAGCAUGGUCAGCAUUCCUCCCACAAGCGACGAAGAGACACAAGCGGAAUACGCGGACGAGAUAAAUGUAGUGGCACGUGAUACCGCAGGUGAGAUUUUAGCUCCCGAUAAAAUGGAUGAGCGACAUAUUCUAAAUUCUCCGGCCCCCAUGAGCAAGUUUGAACUGACAUGGGAUCCUUUCGACACAGCCCAAUUUGCCGAUUUAGAUCACUUCGCCACUGACAAGCAAACUAAUGAAUUUCCAAUGAAUGCCGAUUGUGGAUCAAACAAUCCCUCCGUUCUGCCAAGGAGUGUGCAAUCAAUUAGUGAUAACACGGCUUCUAAUAAUGCUCAAAAAGAGAACUUCGAUCGAAGAAAUUCGGCAUUAGCUGCAUCGAUCAUCGGAGGGAACACAGUUCAAGCUCCUGCAGAGUUGGAAGCAUCAACUCGGCCUCCGAUCAGCAUGAUUAAUCGACCGCGAGGAGCAAGUCUGGAUCAGGCUACUACACAUGAUCAUUAUAGUCGACCGCCUAUGGGUUCUGUACAGACACUUCUUCCUGCACAAACGAUUAAUCAGACUAUAGCUGCUUAUGGGGAGCAAGGAAGGCAACCUUCAUCCAAGACAUUGCCGCCUAUCCGACGCACAUCCAAGUUCGGAUUCGAAUUUGGAUCCAGAAGACCCCAAACCAGAUUUCCUAUAUCUGAUGAUGAGGAUGAGCUUGAUGUUGAUUAUAAUGGUGUUACACAAGAUGCAGCAACAUCGAAUGCAAUGGAGGCUAAAAAGAAUCUUGCCCCACAGCAGAAUUCCCAUGCAGAUGUUGCAAUUGCAGACGUGGUUCGAGACCCAAAACCAAAUCUCCAAAUUAGCCCGCAGCCACGUUUCUCGGUUUUCCCUCGUGUCACCGAUCCAUUUGUUCAAAAAAGCCCUACGCAAGACAUGGGGCGAUCAAACCCAGCCAUCAGACAUAAUCGACAAGACUCAUGGAACAGCGUCUCAAACAAUUCUCGAUCUAGACGAGGUUCGACUUCUGACAAGCAGUUUGUUCAGCCUCGUGAUAGUAAUGCUCCGCCACUCAUACCAGCUUUACCAUUUGAGACACCUCCUUCUUCCACUCAACGCUACCCCGAACUAUUUGGGGGCCCGGUUACUGGAAUCAGAAAUGAGCCUGAUAUUCCACGUGGAUAUAAUCAGGCACCUCCUAGUCGAACUGAACCUUUUCCUUCAUAUGAGCUCCCUGGAUCUCGGCUCCCUCAAAGCUCCAAUGAGCCUACUACUCAUCGGCGACGACGUAGCUCGGACCUUGUUCACAGAGGUAUAAAUCUCGUACGCUCUUUGUCUAGAGAACGACGAAGGUCUGUUUCGAAGGAUGAGAAAACACCUCCUGCUGAUACCUCUACUCCUUCUCCGAUGCGUGACGACAGGCAGAAAAGAAGGGGAUCUGGCUUCUGGGGCAAUUUCGAUAUGACCGGUGAACACUCAUCCAAUUCCGGAAGAGAGAGUAUGGUAGCACAAUAUUCUGGUAGUCAGUCCAAUUUUAUGACAAGCCAGCAUGAUAAUUCUCAAACGCCAAACCCUUCUCUCAAUCCUAAUUCUACAUUGGGAGCACCGCAUUCUAGUAUGAUUGGGCAUUCUACGACUACAAUGGGUAGAACAUUUCAGAAAGAUGAGAAGCGUGGUCGAUUAAGCGGCUUAAGUGGCCUCUUUUCGCGUUCUCCCAAAGGAGAUGGGUCGGUACUCUUCAAGCCAAAAAGGGCCACGACAGACCUUUCAAGCUAUAGUCCCCGAAGUGGCACCCUUUCUUCUCCCCAGUUCGAAGGCCAUUCCAUACAAAGCACAAACGCGAACCAUAAACGAAGACCAAGUCAACCGUUGAACUUUCUUUCUAAAUUAGCCCCUUCCACAUCUCUUCAAAAGACUGAAACCCCAUCAAGACAGGAUAGUAAGCUGAAUCUGGAACCCCGCCCGAGGCGCCCUUCAGUGAGUGGACUAUUGACCGGUAUGCUUAGAAAAAGAUCGAAUACGCUAGAGAAAGACAGCCAAAGAAGUGAAGAUAAUGGCAGAAAGCCUGUGGUUGUACCAGUGGCUAGAAUGUACUCAGACCUGGCUGUAGAAUCACACGAGGACUUACCCGACGCAUUUGCCACACCCACACAAAGAUUAAGGAAAAAAGAUCAAGGACGAGAACGAACUCGCAAUUUUAGAAAGUCAGAAGGUAGCAAACAGGAAAACUUAAGUUCACGCUCUCAUUAUUAUCCUCCUCGGAACGGUAGCCCACCACGAAUCCCUGAGCCUCAAUAUGAUUCAGUCCCCAUUCCAGAUGGAUAUAAUCUUGUCCGUGGUGAUGGAACGACUGCAACACCUACGGACUAUGACCCACGUGGUAUCAAUAAACUUCGGCAUCUGUCUCUCGGAGAUCCUCUGUCCGGUUCAUCCCAACAGUACUUAGUAUCUCCACCUGUCUCGCCUCUUGCUUAUCCUAGUACCUCAAUUUUGCACCAAUCGCCACAACUUCAUCAAACCUUCUCAUCUGAAAGAAGACUUAUUAAUUUACCAUUCUUAGAUACACAUAACUCGCCAUUGACAUCUCCGAUUCGCACCGAUCUCCCAAGCCACGAGGACAUCCUAGCCCGAUCGCCCGCUCGCGAGCAGCCUGGCCAGCAACGUCCUUUUCAGCUUGCGUUACCACGUAGCAGUGAUGAAAGUGAUCAAUACUAUUGUUCAUCUACGCCACCUAUCCGACAUCCCAAGAAUGAGAAUGUGGCACCAAGAAGUCCAACUUCAAUUCCUUUACCCAUGGAUGAAUUCUCACCGUCAUACGAAAAUAUUGACAUCGAUCGUUUUCCUUUGCCACCCUCGCCAUCUCAACAAAGCCCAGACUGGCAUCGAGAUAGAAAUCUUUCAGUGGCUACGGAUGAUGGUUUGCGGCGUUCUAGCACGGGAAGAAGUCUUGUUAGUGCUGUGUCACAAAUUUCUGACUCUCCAUCUCCACAACCACAUAGGGUGAGUGUGAUGGAAGAUAAACUUUAUGUGGAUUGCGAUGACGGCCCGAAGCGUCUUAGCGGGAAUAUCGCCCAUCCGAUUUCAAGAUUGCCAAGCGAGGAUGCCGAUUUGGUAGACAGAUACGCAGAAAGGGGGGCAGAAAACGGAGUUGCAAUGAUGGGGGGUGAUGGGGUGGCAGAUAUUGAGGAACGCGAGAUUAGCGAGAAUAAUUGCAUUAAAGGCGUCAUCGGCAAACCAACACAUACAACAGAGGAAAGAUUGCAAAUGUCGGCAACGAGCUAUCCUGGUAUGGAGUGGAAUCCUUACGCAGACUGAUACCGGGGAGGGUGAAUAAAUACAUUUCUUAGAGGAUGAGAAAUUAUUAGUGCGCUGCGCGGAGGCAGGAGUGAUGGAAAGCUGUACAAUGAAUACAAGAGUUAUGUUUCGUAAUGGAUCAGGAGUGUCGGGUUGUAGGAGAGAGAGGCUAUUCGAGGUUUUGAUAUGGAAUGAAAUGAUCUGAUAUGAUAUUCGUUUUGUUCUGUUUUGAUUUAUUUGUUUUACUGCAAUUGUAAGAGCGAGCUAGUUUAUACCCGUAUCUGUAUAUGUUUAGAAUAUGGUCUUAUGAAUGAAGGGGUUAAUGAAUGUGUGAUGUUGGAAGGGAAAAUACGAGGGGUGGGAUGGGAUGGGAAUAUAUAUGGGAAUGGAAAUGGGAUUGCCUGGAUGGAGGGUGGAUGGGUGGCUUAGGAGUUGAUUUUAGCGGGUAGGUGGCUGCCUGGGGGGGCAGGAGAUGGUAGAAUACAUAGAUGCUUAUUGUUGUUUAUGUACGAAUUUAUAUUUUUGAUGUAUAUUUGAAUGUAUAUUUGAAUUCAUGUUAGAGGGUCGA